AUGGGAUUGCUAGAUUCAUCAAAUCCUUAUCAGGCUCAAUUCUUUUCUCCAACCCAGGUCAGAGCCGCCCGUGAGCAAGCCGCUGCGGCAGAAGUUCUCAAAAUUGAUUCCCAAGCUUGUCAGCAGGAGGCACAACUACAACAUACAAUUCUUAAUAAAGAAAAGACCGCAGAAACUGCCAAACAGAAGAAUGAAUGUCAAAAGACUUACAAGAAGGCUGUGAGGCAGUGUGAAAAAGUCAAUGAAAUCACAGCAGUCAAACAUCAGAUUGAAAAGAAGCAGUGA